UUUUUAAAUUUGUUGAAAACAACACAAAUCGGAGUCAAAUUCCAGUAUAAUUGCCAAACAUGGAAAUUGACGCCGGAGAGUAAAGGAUCCGAACAGUGCUCGUGGGAACGCUUGAGGGGCACGCAACUUCCAUUGUUUCAAAGCAUUUUUGAAGGCAAACGCCCACCGCAAACAUACCAUUGGCGUUGUUGGCGUAGGCAGAAAGCACGCAAUGGCUGAAGCUCAUGUCGAAGAAGAGCGCUUUGAUCUCCUUACCCGAACUGGCCAGAAGAUUGGCAUUUCCAAACCCAGGGGAGAUGUUCAUAGAGAUGGUGAUUACCAUCGAGCAGUCCACGUGUGGAUUUAUUCUGAGAGUACUCAUGAGCUGCUUGUUCAGCAGCGUGCUGAGUGCAAGGAUUCAUGGCCAGGGUUGUGGGAUAUAUCCAGUGCAGGCCAUAUAUCUGCUGGGGAUUCAUCCCUUAUAACAGCCAGGAGGGAGCUUCAUGAAGAGCUUGGUGUUAUCCUUCCGAAUGACGCAUUUGAAUUGAUAUUUUCUUUUCUUCUAGAGUGUGUGACAAAUAAUGGCAACUUCAUCAAUAAUGAAUUCAUUGAUGUAUAUCUGGUAACAACUCUUGCUCCAAUUCCAUUGGAGACCUUUACACUUCAGCAGGAAACAGAAGUCUCUGCUGUGAAAUACAUCUCUUGUGAGGAAUACAAAAGUUUACUUGCUAAAGAAGAUCCUAUGUAUGUUCCCUAUGACAUAAAUGGGCAAUAUGGCCAAUUAUUUGACAUAAUUGCACAAAGGUACAAAGACAACACCAAGGCACGCAGUCUGGCUUUAGAGAAACAACUCCAUCGCUAUGCUUCUAUUACCCUCAAUGCAGAGCUGACGGGGCUCAAAGAUGUUGAUAGGGAAGCCCUAGUUUUACUCAUUAAAGCAGCAGCAGUUAUUGAUGAAAUCUUUUACCUGCAGGUUUGGUACAGCAAUCCACCUAUAAGAGAUUGGUUGAAGGAGCACGCUGAUACGUCUCACUUGGACCAGUUAAAGUGGAUGUAUUUUUUGAUUAAUAAAAGUCCUUGGUCUUGCCUUGAUGAAAAUAAGGCAUUUUUGACAACAGCAGAUUCAGCGAUCAAGUUGCUUCCUGAAGCCACAAAAUCAAUUGCUGGAUGGAAGGGUCUUGAAUAUAGACCUGCCUUUCCCAUGUUGAAACCUCCUGGUGCAAAUUUCUAUCCUCCAGACAUGGACAAGAUGGAAUUUGAAUUAUGGAAGAGCAGUCUAACUGAGGAUCAGCUAAAGAGUGCAACAGGCUUUUUCCAUGUGAUUAGAAGGCACAGUGAAUCCAGUGUGGUUGCUUCAAUAUCAGAUGGAACAGUUGGUGGGAAUAAUCAUUUGGUUGGGUCCAGUUAUGACCUAUAUACUGUUCCAUACUCUGAAGAAUAUAAGCCUUUACUCGCAAAAGUUGCUGAACUACUGCACAAAGCUGGGGACAUAACCAGCUCAGCCAGUUUGAAAAGAUUGUUACAUAGCAAGGCUGAUGCAUUUCUUUCAAAUGACUACUAUGAGUCUGAUAUUGCCUGGAUGGAGUUGGAUUCGAAACUGGAUGUUACUAUUGGACCUUAUGAGACAUAUGAAGAUGCAAUUUUUGGGUAUAAGGCUACAUUUGAAGCAUUCAUUGGAGUCCGGGAUGACAAUGCAACGGCUCAAGUAAAACUCUUUGGUGAUCAUUUACAGCUUCUGGAGCAAAAUCUUCCCAUGGACAAUGAUUACAAGUCAAAAGAUGUCAUUGCUGCUCCUAUUCGUGUCAUUCAGCUUCUUUAUAAUGCAGGGGAUGUGAAGGGUCCACAAACUGUUGCAUUCAAUUUACCAAAUGAUGAACGUAUAGUAAAAGAUCGAGGAACAUCAAUGGUCAUACUUAAAAAUGUUUCAGAGGCAAAGUUUGAGCAUAUCCUUCAGCCGAUAGCUGAUGUUUGUAUUGCAAUGGAACAACGAGAACAUAUAGACUUUGAAUCUUUCUUCACUCACACAAUUUGCCAUGAGUGCUGCCAUGGAAUAGGACCUCAUACGAUAACACUACCAAGUGGUCAAAAGUCUACAGUGAGAAUGGAAUUGCAGGAACUCCACUCAUCUAUAGAGGAAGCAAAAGCUGAUAUUGUUGGUCUUUGGGCACUGAAAUUCCUGAUCAGUGAGGGUUUGCUUUCAAAGAGUUUGAUUAAGUCCAUGUAUGUAUCUUUCCUUGCUGGAUGCUUCCGCUCAGUACGUUUUGGGUUAGAGGAAGCUCAUGGGAAAGGGCAAGCACUGCAGUUUAACUGGUUAUUCGAAAAAGGGGCCUUUAUUUUGCAUCAGGAUGGAAUGAUUUCUGUUGAUUUUGAUAAGGUUGGAAGUGCAGUUGAGAGCUUGAGCAGGGAGAUACUUACCAUACAGGCUAAAGGUGACAAAGACGGUGCAAAUUUGCUUAUGCAAAAGUACUGCAAAAUGACACCACCAUUGAAACAUGCAUUGGAAAAAUUGGAGAAGAUUCAGGUGCCAGUGGAUAUAGCUCCUAUAUUUCCAGUUGCUGAUAAAAUAUUGGGCAAAAAUGUCUGAAGUUCGGGGAACCAUUUUUCCAUUGAUUGGAGUGGCACUGCAUUUUUGCAUCUACUCUAAACAAGUCACUCCAUAUCAGCUAAGAAAAUGACAGUAAUUGAUCCAUGCAACCCGGCAGGUGAUAGUAUUUUUACCUUUGCAUUGGUUUAUGUCUGAAAGUUACACAAUGCAAAGUAGAAGAUAUGUCUCAUUUCCAUUGAACGAGUGGAGGGGAACUCACCUUUAUAUUAUGUGGAGCUUUAUUUGAUUUUGUGGCGACCAAAAUCAUAGGUCCAAUGUGGAGCAGUUUGAGAGAGGACUUCGUACAAGGUGGAGGUAUGUGUGAGGAUUUAUGCAAGUGCCAUAAUCCAUUAAGUUCCCUUUGUUUGCA